GUAUUACAACGACACCGCGACACUUCCCGGAGGUCGCUCUAGCGCUCGUCAGCAAACCAAAAAUUUCUUGAAAACCUGGGAGCUGGGAUGGAUGUGUACACCACGUCUUUCACUCUCCCCAGGCAUCCUCAUGGCGUCCCCAGGAAAGAGCAUUCGCUCGACUUCGCCGCGAGUCCGGUAGAUCCUCUGACGAAGGUUCCGAGCAACGGGUUCGCUUCGGACAUUCAUCUGGCGCCCUCUGCUUCAGAUGCAGAGGCGGUCCAGAAUCUCGCGAUGGUGGUCAUGACUUUACGUGGAUGCCAUGUUUCGGUCGCCAUCGCCGACGGUGGCAAGGGAUGGAAUUUUCUUGUGACUGGGGCAUAUAACCAGGUUAUGGCUGGUCGAGGUAUGAUCUUGAAGGACUGUCCUAUCCCAAGCCGUGCCGCCAUCAAAGUCCCUCGUUCCGAAAUUCUCGAUUCGCCGACCACAAAGCCUACUAUCAAGACGGAAGUUCGCACGCGCCUGGACGACAUCGCUAGCCAGACUGGCGCACACAUCGCCGUUGUCAAUAGCCCCUUUUCUCUUUCAACGCGCACUCCACCGGAUGGGAUCAGCAACAGUGCCGGCUGGUCUGGUCUCGAAACGGAACGCGUUUGUGAGCUCGUCAUCACGGGUCAAGGGGACUCCAUCGACAUGGCCAGGGUUCGCCUCCUGGUCAUGCUCGACGAAUUUGGUGGCUUGCAUGGAGAGUCGAUUGAGAUCGACCGAAAACUGCACGCUAUCAUCGCUGGCCGAAAGCGGAACAUGCUCCAGACCAUCCAGGAGGAAACGGGCACGAACAUCUAUUAUCCAUCUCCGCUCCAAGGCCUGAUCGGCCCCGAAGUCCCUUCGUCAACGCAGCCGGGUGUGCCCCUUCGCCUCAGCCCAAACACCAUAUGGAUUACCGGAGAGUUCUUCGGCGUACAACGUGCCCGGGACAUGCUGUUUCAAGUCGCAACCAGCAAGGGUACGGCGGUCAUCUCGCGAGACACCGCGAUCCUCCCUCGCAAGCUGGACUGGAUGGUCACAGAUCGCGCAGACGAUCUCCGGACGAUCAUGAGCGAUAACGCGACUUUCAUUCAGUUCCCACCUAUCGGUAGUUCGACCAGUUUAAUCACUGUAUUCGGCGACCAUCGUGUUAAUAUCUCCAGAACCAUCCGUUCUGUUAUGCAGCUGGCAUGCCUAUACUACACCGCAUCCUUCUGGCUUCUGCCUGUACAAUUCAACCCCCUCAUGCCACCGCCGACUCUGACAGCCGCACAAGUUGCUGCACUGCUUCCAUCCAUUUCUUCUGUCACCGGCGCCGAGGUUGUAUUCAAAAACAUGUGCUUCGAGAUGCACGGUAUGGAGCACGAGAUUCGUGCUGCUAUCUCCAUGAUCCUUGACCUUGACGUCGUGAAGCCCUUCCACCACGAGAUCCGCGUUCAGAUUGAACUCGCGAACGAACAUCGUGAAUUCAUUAGCGGAAAGAAGAACGGAAAAAUCAACAAGAUCAUGCAGAACACCGGCGUGAAAAUCAAAUUCGAAACCUUCAACGAUCACAACUUCCUAAUCGACAUUGCCGGCAAUGAUGGAAACGUCCUCGCUGGGCUUAACAUGCUUCAGGAGGAGCUUCCCGCUGAGAUUUCCUUCCAUGUACCGGAGUCGUACCACAAACGCAUCAUUGGUGUCGGUGGUAGGAGCAUUCAGCGUAUCAUGAAGAAGUAUGGCGUGUACGUCAAGUUCUCGAACGCCGAGGAGUUCGCUGCUCUCGGUGGCUACAACGAUAACGAAGACAACGUGGUCGCAAGAACGCCCGCGAAGAACGCUGCGAAUCUAGAGCAUCUUAAGCAGUCCGUGAUGGAGCUCGUGAACCCGAAGGACAAGGAUUUCAUAAUCGAGACGGUUUCUAUCCCGCGGCGGUAUCAUCGUAUCCUCUUGGGCGAGAAGAGCAUCUUCAUACACGAUAUCGAACAAAAGACCAAUUCUCGUGUUCGAUUCCCAGAUAAAGAGACGGCUUCCGACGUGGUCACUAUCUUUGGUCCCGAAAGCCAAGUACAGAUGGCAUCUGCUAUGCUCCUGGAUCAUGUCCCCUUCGAGGCCGAUAUGGCGGUUCCCCCGCACGCUGAUCUUCCGAGACUCUGCGCCUCUCCUGAGUUUGCGCAGUUCGUUGAGCGCAUCAAGCAAGAGUUUCAGCUCGUUGUGUCGCCCAAUAUCAAAUCGCUCAGCGGCGGAAUGGGUCGUGAUGGCGCCGAAUCUCCUGCGGAAUGCUCCUUCAAGUUCCGUUGCCAGCGGAGCAAUACCGAUUUUCUCAUGUCAGCAAGGGAGCUACUGGAACAAUUCCUCUUGGACCACAAUGUCCACGUCUAUCCGUCUCCGACAGCGCACACGCACAAGCGCGGCGAUUCAUUCGCGGAGGCCUUCCCUCACUUCGACAGCAAGUUGCUAGCAACUACGCGCACUCGCGAAUCUGCGGAUCUCGGGCGACCCUCGGAAUCCUUGGUGGAUAGGAGGUUGCGAUUGGCAGCUUCAUCUCCAGAUGUGAAAGCGCUAUUCAAUGGCACGCCUUCGUAUGUGUACAAUCUGGAGCAGCACGACGAGAUGGACUCGCCUCGAUCGUCAUUCCCCGGAACCCAGGAAAGCGAGGACUUCUGGACUCCGCUACCUCCUAUUGGAACGGGUUACCAUCGUCAGCGUCAUAGCCAUAGUGAAGACGCAUUGAAACGUGGGUCGGAUUCCUUGCUGGAGUCAAAGAUCAAGAGCGACAAGUUUGGCAAGCCCCGCACGAUUCAGAACCGUGCACAAUCCUUAGACUUGACCACGACUAUGUCUCUGUCGCGUAUCACCGAGUCGUCUAGCAUACAGCCCCCUGACUCGCCCACUACCUCGAACGGCGACGACAACGGCAGCCCGACGUCAAUGACCGCGCCGUCUUUCCCUAGCGUCUACGGGCAGCCCAUGUCCCAACGGUCGUCGCUGAACUCCGGCGCGCAGCAAUCCAUACGGCGGGGUGGACGUGUUCUCGACGACGAGGCUGUCGAGGAGGUUUCGAGGGUUAUCUCUAACCUUGGUCUUUAAGGUGUUCCAUUGCUGCCAAAAACGAAUUUUCAAGCCAUAUCGCCUUGACGGACGAUUAUCAAAUGUCUCAAAUGUCUCAAACCAUGGUACUGCGUACACUCAUCAGUAGCGAUUCAACGGCUGUAUGGACGAGGACAAUAGUAGACGCUUCAUCCUAGUUCAUUAUUGAUCAUGUUUGUCAAUAGUCCAAAAUCGUGGCUAUAUAUUAUAUCACCGUUCAACUUGUAAUGCGAGGGAUCCUUUGGAUUAUUUACUGUCCGAGUGCACGGAAUACCCUUCACCUCACUCUCAGUACUCCACCCAGGGGACCUCAAACAUCACGAAGUCGAAGUACUCCUGCUCCAGCAGGUGCGCGUAUUCGCCGGCCAAUUCAUCAGUACCCGUGCUGGACUUCGUCUUCAAGCCGUUGGACCGGGGUCCCAAGUAUUUGAAGUGAUCAAUUAGGGCCUUCAACGCUUUGCUGGUCGUUUUGGAUUCGGGCUUCACGACAACUCCAGUAUAGUUCGCAGGCAGGCCAUAUCGAAGGACGCUCUCGACGUACAGUCGAAUGACCUUCAAAUGAACAAGAAGCUGGAAAGCUUCCGAGAAAUUUGUCCUGGAGAGCUGGAGCAAUUCGGUCCAUAGCUCCUUCUCCGUCGCCUCCGCAAUUUGCAGCUCUUCUUCCUGCUUCGAGAGAACAUCGUCGGUGUAUACGAAGUCUCGAACAAUGAACUUAUUCUCCCGGCAUUUUUGUACAAAUUCGUCGUGCACGCGCCUGAAUAUUACGACGCUGCACAGGGAGUAUUCAUCGUCGGAUGCAACCACGCUUGAAGACCGUGGUACCACCAUGCUGGACAAUCGCUCGUAUUUCGCAUUCCAAUCUUUCACAGAGCUCUUCGGAACAGCGACCAAAAGAGUUUCCAAGUACUCCGAGUCCUGUAUGAACUGGUCCUUCUGGACCACAUCCGCCAGAGACCUCACGGACAGAUUCCCAGUCCUCUUGCGCUGCAUUUGGACGAGUGAACCCUUCGCGAUGUUGUAGUUGUUCAGCUUGGUCUUCAUGACAUUGUCGAUGGAGCUGAUCUCCUUGUUCAAUAUAUCUGUCAUCUCUCGCAGACUCUUCUGCACGCCGUAUCGACCCUCAUUCCAUCGCCAGUCUCUGAGAAGAUAUUCGUCCACUGUCCUCUCAUUGACGAGAAUGUGGUGCUGCAGCUUCGAGUUGUCGUUGUUCAGGAGAUUGCGGAGCGUAUCCACGAUCUUCGCGACAGUAGCCGUGAAAUAGCUAUCUUGCUUAGGGAGAUCCUCGGAAAGAGAUAUCAAGCCGUCCAAUGUCCCGGUUUUGAAUGUUGGGAUGGUAAGCUGCGCUACAUUUCCCUUCGAAUAGGACCGCGAUACUUGGGCUAGUUUACUAGCAACCUCGGGAACUAGACCCUCCGCAUCUCCGUCGUUUGGUGCAGAUAUGAGCCAAGUGGACUGAUCUGAGGGCAUGGCUAGAGACCUGCAAG